AUGCAACCAGGAAGAAGGAGGGAUUGGUCUAACCUGCCAUCUGUGCUCAUCGAUGACAUCGCCGUUCGGGUGCUCCGCUACGACGUGACCGACUACAUCCGCCUCCGCGUCUCGUGCAAGGAGUGGAGGAAGUGCACCAGUAACCCGCGCGACCUCGACAUCCGCCCCCGCCUCUGGACCAUGCUCUCCAACAACACUGACGGUGUGCGGCGCCGCUUCCUCAACCUCUCCACGGGCGCAUGCGUCCACGUCGACCUCCAGGAGCUAUCCACCCACCAAGUCGAGGCCAGCACGGAGGGCCUACUGCUCCUGCGCGACAAGGUGAGCCACGCCGUGCGCCUGCUCAACCCGCUCACUGGGACCCUCACCGACCUCCCACCCAUCACCGCCGAACUAGGGCAAGUGCACGAUGUCUGGACCGAGCAGCUGCUCUUUGUCCCCAGCAUCUUCUACGCCGGCAUCUCCGAAGAAACCUCCCCAGCGACAGUCGUGCUCACGAUGAGAGGUGUGGCGAGUUUCAUCGCGUACGCCAAGCCCGGCGACACGCAGUGGGCGCUCCUGAGCGACUGUUUGCUCAACGGUUGCAUCCGGCACUCAUCGGUGUCGACACUGCAAGGGCGCGUCUACUUGGCGACGUACGAGGGGAACAUACUACAGGUGAGGGUAGGUUCUGAACCUCGGCUGGUGCUAGUGGUUAUGGACCAACCCUUCAAAGAUUCAAUCGACAACAAAGUGAUCUCCUACCUCGUCCCGGCCGACGACCACCGGCACGGGGGCAUGCUUCUGGUGCGCCACUACAGAAGCCUUGAUCACCUCAGCUUGGCGGAGCAGAGGAAAAUGAAGCGCAUGAAGAAGAUGGACGUGAUCAGGGUGGAGACUAACUACAGGAACAAUCAGUGGCACCUCAUCGAGGUCCUCCAGGUGGACCUGGACAGGGAGAGGCUAGUCCCAGUGGAGGACAUCGGCUGCCACCGUGCAUUGUUCGUGGGUGACUUGGUGUGCUUCUCCCUCUCCACCGAGAGGUUCCCGUCUGUGGCUGGGAACGCGGUGUACAUUGGAGCGAACAGCUACUCCGCUGGAAAAAUUGGUGUGCGUUGCCUCGGGGACAGGACCACCGAUCCGCCAUUCCAGUUUGUCCGAGGGGAAUCUGCAUACACUGGCAGCCAUGGACGAGUGCGGAGGUUAGUGCCUAUGGCUCGCCCCUAUACCUUGCAAGAGUACCUCGUCUGCUGUGCCGGCAUCAAGGGUGGCAUAAAGGACUAA